CCGGUACCUGCCGGGCGGCGGGCACGGGCUCAGCCGCCGCCCUGCGCCACCAGGGAGGCCCGCGCCGCCGCCGCCGCCGCCCCCGGCCCCCGCUCUCACCGUGUGAGGUCCGCCUUGCCCCGCGCCUGCGGCACCCGGGCCAGCGCCAGCUCGGGGCACAGAGCCCGGGCCUCCGACGCCCACAUCCCGCGGGACACGCCGAAGGCGCGCGCCUCGUAGCUCACCGCGAUGAUCCUGCCAAGACACGGAGGUGAAGCGCAGGGCGGGCCCGGCCCCGCGGGGAGCGGGGUGGGACGAGGAGUCGGGGUCGCCAAGGCGGCUCGCCUACCUACCCGCCGCCCUGCCAUUCGGUGUACUGCACCACGGCGCAAGGGCGGCCGCGCAGCUGCGGGUCGAGGCGCUGCUCCACCUGCAUAAAGAAGCAGUCCAUGUCUACCAGGGCCACCACGCGCUCCCGGCCCCGAGACAUCCCGCCGCCGCCACCGGCUCCCGCCCGACUGAGUGAAGGAUUGAAUAACCGCUCGCUCUGUGGGGCGGAGAGCCCCGCCUUGGCCCGCCGCUUUGCGGCACCCGUACUUUCCGCGUGGGGCACGCCGGGAGUCGUAGUUCUCCAGGGUGCGGUGGGGCGUGCGCGUGUCCCCGCCGCGACGGUGCGCGGCGCCCGCGUUCUCUCCGUGUCCCCGUGUCCCCCAAGGCGCAUGCGCGGAGCUGCGUCCCGGCCGCCCCGCUCGUCCCUCCCGUGGGUGGCCGGUGGCGCGCGCCCGCCGCCUCCGCCAUGUCCGCCGAGCAGGUGAGCGGCCUCUGCGAGCAGCUGGUGAAGGCCGUGACCGUCAUCAUGGACCCGGCGUCCACGCAGCGGUACCGCCUGGAGGCCCUCAAGUUCUGCGAAGAAUUCAAGGAAAAGUGCCCCAUCUGCGUACCCUGCGGGCUGAAGCUGGCGGAGAAGACGCAGACGGCCAUCGUCCGGCACUUCGGCCUGCAGAUCCUGGAGCAUGUGGUCAAAUACCGUUGGAACAAUAUGCCUCGCCUAGAAAAAGUUUAUCUAAAGAACAAUGUUAUGGGCCUCAUAUCCAGUGGAACUCAAAGUAUCCUGGAGGAGGAAAGUCACAUUAAGGAUGUGCUGUCUCGCAUUGUGGUGGAGAUGAUCAAGCGGGAGUGGCCUCAGCACUGGCCUGACAUGCUAAAGGAGCUGGAUACCCUUUCCAAGCAAGGGGAAACUCAGACAGAACUGGUGAUGUUCAUCCUCCUACGUUUGGCAGAGGAUGUGGUGACUUUUCAAACUCUACCUACCCAGCGGCGACGAGAUAUCCAGCAAACCCUCACCCAGAACAUGGAAAAGAUCUUCAGCUUCCUACUAACUGCCCUGCAGCAGAAUGUCAACAAGUACAGACUCAUGGUUGGAGCACCCCAGGAACAAGAAGUCCUCACCUCUCCACAGAAAACUGAUUUGGCUCAGGAACCAAAGGCCCAGGCAAACUGUCGUGUGGGGAUAGCAGCACUCAACACUUUGGCUGGCUACAUUGACUGGGUAGCCCUAAGCCAUAUUACAGCAGACAACUGCAAGCUCUUGGAGAUGUUGUGUCUGCUCCUAAAUGAGCCUGAACUCCAAGUUGGAGCAGCAGAGUGCCUCCUGAUUGCUGUCAGCAGGAAAGGUAAGCUGGAGGAUCGGAAGCCUCUGAUGGUCUUGUUUGGAGAUGUUGCCAUGCACUGCAUCCUCUCUGCUGCCCAGACAGCAGAUGGAGAAGGCCUGGUGGAGAAGCACUAUGUUUUCUUGAAGAGGCUUUGCCAAGUUUUGUGCGCGUUGGGCAGCCAGCUAUGUGCGUUGCUAGGCUCAGAUUGUAAUGUGGAAACGCCAGCCAACUUUGGGAAAUACCUUGAGUCAUUUUUAGCCUUCACAACCCAUCCCAGCCAGUUUCUGCGCUCUUCCACCCAGAUCACAUGGGGAGCCCUCUUUCGGCAUGAAGUUCUGUCUCGUGACCCUUUGUUGCUGGCUGUUGUUCCCAAGUAUCUCCGUGCAUCCAUGACCAACCUCGUGAAGGUGGGCUUUCCUUCCAAAGCAGACAGCCCCAGCUGUGAAUAUUCCCGUUUUGAUUUUGACAGUGAUGAGGACUUCAAUGCCUUCUUCAACUCUUUCCGAGCCCAGCAAGGAGAGGUGAUGAGGAUGGCUUGUCGUCUGGACCCUCUAACUGGCUUCCAAAUGGCUGGUGAAUGGCUGAAGUACCAACUCACAGCUCCUGUUGAUACUGGACCCACAAACUCUAAGACAGGCGAAGGUCUCUGCUCCAUCUUCUCUCCAUCCUUUGUGCAGUGGGAUGCCAUGACCUUCUUCUCGGAGAGCGUCAUCAGCCAGAUGUUUCGAACCAUGGAUAAAGAUGAAAUCCCUGUGAAUGAUGGCAUAGAUCUGCUGCAGCUUGUCCUUAAUUUUGAAACAAAAGAUCCUCUGAUCCUGUCUUGUGUGCUCACCAAUGUCUCUGCUCUCUUUCCGUUUGUCACUUACCGACCAGAAUACCUCCCCCAAGUACUUUCCAAGCUAUUUGCUUCUGUUACCUUUGAAGUUGUAGAAGAAAGUAAGUUUGUUGUGUCUGUCCAGGCUCCUAGAACUCGAGCAGUGAAGAAUGUCAGAAGGCAUGCGUGCUCCUCAAUCAUAAAGAUGUGCCGGGAUUACCCUCAGCUUGUCCUGCCAAACUUUGAGAUGUUGUACAACCACGUGAAACAGCUGCUGUCAAAUGAGCUCCUUCUGACACAGAUGGAAAAGUGUGCUCUUAUGGAGGCCCUUGUCCUCAUCAGCAACCAGUUUAAAGACUAUGAGCGACAGAAGGCUUUCCUGGAGGAGCUCAUGGCUCCUGUGGCUGGCUUAUGGCUCUCCCCAGAGAUGCAGAGAGUCCUCUCAGAUCCUGAAGCCUUUAUAUCCUACGUGGGUGCAGACAACAAAAUUGCUGAUCCAGUGUUGGAAGAUCCUAGUGGCCUGAACCGGUCUAGAAUAAGCUUUUGUGUGUACACUAUUCUGGGAGUCGUGAAACGAGCUCGUUGGCCUGCUGCUACUGAAGAGGCAAAAGCUGGAGGAUUCUUUUUGGGAUACCUGCCCAGUGGAACUCCAAUGUACCGUAAUCCCUGCACUGAGCAGGUCCUGAAGCUUUUUGACAAUUUACUUGCUCUCAUAAGCAGCAGGUACAAUGGCAUUGCAGUUUUGGAGGAGGCUGCAGGAUUUGUGCUGUGUGCAGCUGGCGACACCCAGAGUGGAGGUCUGAGAUCUCAAAGGAGAGAGGACUCACAACAGCCUCUACACGCCAGAGAUGGUGGCCAGGCUGGGGGAUACAUUUGCAAAGGCCUUGGACAUGCUGGAGGUGGAGAAGAAUGCCAUUCUAGUUUUCACAUCCUGGGAAAUGCAGGCCCCUCCAUGCAACAGGAUUUCUACACUGUUGAGGGUCUUGCCACCCAGCUCCUCAGCUCUGCUUUCAACAACCUCAACAACAUUCCUGAUUACAGACUGCGGCCCAUGCUCCGUGUGUUUGUGAAGCCCUUGGUACUUUCCUGCCCUGCAGAAUACUACGAAACCCUUGUCUGCCCCAUGCUGGGACCACUCUUCACCUAUCUGCACAUGAGGUUGUCCCAGAAAUGGCAGGUGAUCAACCAGCGAAGCAUGCUCUGUGAGGAUGAUGCUGCAGAUGAGAACCCUGAGUCUCAGGAGAUGCUUGAGGAACAGCUGGUCAGGCUGCUGACUCGAGAAGUCAUGGAUCUUGCCACUGUUUGCUGUGUUUCUAAGAAAGGUGUUGAACAGAACACUACUGCUGCUGUAGAUGGAGAUGAUGAUGAGGCGAUGGCCACGGAGGUGACUCCCCCUGCCAACGCAGAGCUCACCGAGCUUGGCAAGUGUCUGAUGAAGCAAGAGGAUGUCUGCACUGCAGUGCUGAUCACUGCCUACACAUCCCUGUCCUGGAAGGAUACCUUGUCCUGCCAAAGAACCACAACACAGCUUUGCUGGCCACUGCUCAAACAGGUGCUUCCAGGAAACCUCCUUCCCGAUGCUGUGUCCUGGUUUUUCACAAGUGUGCUCAAGGGCUUGCAGGUGCAUGGGCAGCACGAUGGCUGCAUGGCAGCUCUUGUCCACUUGGCUUUCCAGAUCUACGAGGCCUUGCGCCCUCGCUAUGGGGAGCUGAAGGCAGUGAUGGAGCAGGUCCCAGACAUCCAGCUGGACUCUUUGGAGCAGUUUGAUUCAAAGCUUCUCAACCCAACACUGCAAAAAGUGGCAGACAAGCGCCGGAAGGAUCACUUCAAGCGCCUCAUCUCAGGUUGCAUUGGGAAGCCCAUUGGGGAGCAGUUCCGCAAGGAGGUUCAUAUCCGAAACCUUCCGUCUCUCUUCAAAAAGGUGAAGCCAUCACUGGAGACAGAUGUGCUAGAAAACGAGGAUGGAGAGGGCUUCAAUGUACUCUUUGAACCCUGAGCCUGGGAUGCUGCAACCAUCUCCUCCCCUACCUUUUAAUUUGUCUCUCCUCAUAGUAAGCACAUUAGAUUCUCCUUGUCACUGCCUCCACAAGCAUUGUCUGAAUAAAGCCCCUUACGGGUCCUGUUCCCUUCUCUUCCAUACACUGGGAUGGGGCCUGCAGUGGCAUUUGAACCAGUCAAUAUUAAGCUCUUCCUGUGACUCCUUCCCUUCCAUUGGAUGAGCAUCUUUAGACCUCUGCUUCUCUGCAAGGUGGGAGCUGAGUCCAUAGACCUCUUCAGGGUAAAGCCUGUCAUCUUGUAGCCUCGGGUCACUCUUGCUCCACCUCUUCAGCCCUUGGGGUUUAGGAUUAAUGCAAAAGGCAGAGUAGUGUGCCAUGUGAAAAGGGGCUACCCUAAUCUAAUCUUCCUCUGGGUGCUAGUAGCCAGGCUUUGUAGGGAACACGUUGGACACUCCUGUCAUGCUUAUCAGCACUUGUCCCUAGCGGACUGCAAUUCUGCUGAAUCCGUUUCGCUCCAGGAUGCUGAGCCUUGGGCUGAGGGCUGCGUGCCAGGAAGCCUAGCAGUGCUCUAGGAUCUCCUGUGAGAUCAGCCUUUCUAAGGUGCAACUGCUCUCUAGAAAGAGGCAGACACUGUCAUAUAUAUACAUAUGUAUGUAUAGAUAUGAUCAUACAGCUUGUUCUACCCAGAGCCAAAUGGAAGGCUUUUACUUUGUGCCAGCCUUUCUUGGACAUCUCUCAGGGGGAGCAGGACAUAUUUUUUCUUAAUAUUUUUUUUUUUUUCAUUUUUCCAUGCCCUGUAGACUAGAACUUGGCCAGCACAGGGUAGAUAAAAUCUGGACCAAUACCUGAAGUACCUGCAAUCCAAAAGGGAUCUCCUUGCCCUGUUGCAGUGGAGGUGACAGUAGCCCCUGUUUUUACCCAGUCUGGUACUUCCCAGAGAAUUACAUGGUGGGGCAGGAGGGGUGGGCUUGAUACUGCAGUUUACAGGGGGGAGCCAGGUCAGAAACUGGGUUUUAGAUUGUGGUGGGACUCUAAUGAAGCCACUCCAGUCUGCAAAGCUGGUUCUUCUUACAUGACAAAUACUACACAAUCUAUCCUAGAAUUAGCCCAGGAGCUAGGAGGGUCUGUCCAGAGCUAGCUGGCAGUUUUGCCAUCCAGGAGACAGAACAAGUAAUAAACUGUGGUAGGUGGAGAAGUGAUGUCUCCACAUGGACAGACUGGACAAAAAGGCUAGUGUUGGGAGGUGUGGGAGUGCAGAUAGGAAGAGCAGGCCUUGGCCAUCCACUCACCCUCCUGCCCCUGCUGUUCCACCAGCACCCUCCACUUUCUUCCUAGCCUCAAACUUUUUUAACCUCUGAGCUAACAUGGCUCCUGGCUCUAGCAAAGGCUGGGUGUAUUUAUUGUGUUGUGAUAUUUUUAACAUUCUGUGACUUCAUGCUAGACACAAAGGGGUUUUUGUAAAAUGGAUUUUAAACCUUUUUUGUAGGAAUGUUUAAAUCCGAAGCUGUCUCUGAACUGGUUGUGUUACACCUGAAUGUCAGUAAAGCUAUUCCAGUUUCAUA